UUGAAAGACCACGGAAUUAUAAUUGAUGACAGCAAAACCACCCAAUCAGUUUUACCCAAGGCGAAUUAUGAAAAACUAAAUAAAAAUUUUAGCGAUGCUAAUAACCCUAACCAACUGCUUUUGACUGAUCUUGAAAAUUAUGAUCCAACCACUAACCACUGGCAAUUGCCCGAAAGCAUUGAUGAACUGGAAAAAUUAGCGGUUAAAUUGGAAAUGGAAAAAUUAGCCGGUGCCAGCAAUAUUAAUCAAGCCGAAAUUGAAGCCAAACAAACCGAGUUGGAAAGCAAAGAAACUGAAUUAGAAACCCUUUUCAAAACCGCGAUUACUAACCUAAGAGCCGAAUUAGGAAAAAUAGUUCCUGAUUUAAGCAAAGGCAAAGCCUUCAAUAAAGUUUCCGAUAGCGAAGAUUACCGGCAAACUUAUAGCGAUUUAACCAGUGCGGAAAGACUAUUAUUAAGAAUUAGAUAUUUAGAAAAUAAUGGCGAUUGUUCCCAACCCAGCAGUGUAGAGGAUGAAAAUACCGCUCUCACUAAUAUUGAAACUAUCAAACAAAAAGUAUUAAAUUUGGCUCGCACUAAAAAAAGCCGAAGUGAUAUUACCACCAAUGCUGAUAAAAACUUCCAAAAAUUAUUACUAACUGAAUAUAAAGAGGCUUUGGAAGCCUAUCAAAAGGAAAUUAAGUUGCAUGAAACCGAAGCCAGUAUUUUAACCGCCCUUAAAAAAGAGUUAGGCCAAAAUCCUGACUCACCAGAUAUUCCCGAAAAAUUAUCCGACUGGCAAACUACUUUAAAAGCA